GUGUGUAGGAUUCUUGAGAGAGUCGGUUAAGUUUUUUUUCGCUGCGUUGGAAGUAACAGGCGUCCCUGAAUAUAGAACCGUUUUUUUGUUGUUCACCCCCAGUUUUAGUUUCUUGUUCUGCUCAGCUCACCCUAGUGUCCGGUCUCUGCAAUGCCUUGUUAAACCACACGCAAUACAUAAAUAAUUUAAAAAAACCGGGAUUUGUACAGAGAAGGAAGUUCACAGUGGAUGGGAGCUCGGAGGAGGAGAAGGAGGAAGUUAAGAUUAUUUCCUUGAAGUUGGAUUUUGCGAGCGAGCGAGUGGUUUCGGAAAGAGGUGGUAAGAUCGAGCGGAGACGUGGCGAGGACGCAGUGCGGAUCCCGCGGCGAUGUGAACGCCAAAGAGCUAUGCCUUAUAGCAAUGUUCUUAACCAAGCAAUGCAACAUGGCGUCUCAGACCCCAAACGUUUUGGACUGUGUGGCCCUGUUCCUCUGUGCCUCCUCUCGCUCGCCCUGUGCGUCGGGGUCCUGGGCGAGCAACGGGACUGUAGCCCGUGUCCCCCGAACUGUAGCUGCCCGGGGCUCGACUCUUCUUGCACGGUCAACUGCUCCAGAGCCGGACUUCAACUCGCACCGGGACUGAUGGAGCUCCCCUGCAACACCACUGUACUGGACCUUUCCUACAAUGGCAUUGUCUCACUCGAUGAAAAUCUUUUGGACAAUUUGACUUCCCUGGAGAAGUUAUAUCUACAGGGCAAUAAUAUUAGUAUUCUUUUCAAAGAAAUCUUCGCUGGUAGAAGAUAUUUAUCAGAAAUAGACAUAAGCAACAAUCAGAUAUCUACUUUAGAAGAUGGAAUAUUUGCAGAUUUAUUUAAUUUAAGUAAAAUAAACUUGAGCUUUAAUGAGUUUGUUUGUGACUGUAACCUUUCUUGGUUACCGAGCUGGAUGAAUGAGGAAGAAGCAAAUGGAGUAAUCAUCGUUGAAAGUGAAUUCGUUAAGUGUGCCAAACCUUCAAAGCUAAAGGACGUAUCUGUGUUAAGUGUUAAUUUUUCAAGCCUUUUCUACGGGUCUGGGUUUGUGGCUUGCCUACCUGACAGGCAGCCGAUAGUGAACCUGUCUCUGAUGACGUUGCAGAAUUCCAGCAGAGAAAAUUGCAUUGAGCUUUGUUUCACUGAGGGCGAACCAUAUGCUGCCUUGGACAAUGAGAGCCAUUGCCUGUGUGGGUCCAAACUUGAGCCGGAUUCAGUCACCAUGUGCGCACAGGAGGCAGCGGAUGGAGGACUUAUUCAGGUCUGUGGCUGCACUGUCAUAGAACAAGCAUUCAAAGCUACAAUCGCAAACUUUGCUGAACUUCGCACUUUCAGCCUCUUCGAGGCAGCCCGGUUGACUGUUCAGACUCUGGUCAAUGUCAGCACUUUCCAGUGGGACUUUGGCGAUACGUCGCCACCUUUCAACACCACCAGCCACACGGUGUUCCAUAAGUAUGGGCUACCGGGCACGUACCUGGUCAGUGUUGCCUUCUUUGUGGGCAGAAAGCUUACCUCACUGCACGUGGAAAUAAACAUCACCGCUCCCCAGGGAAGGCUGGAGAUGACGUGUCCUCCUGUGGUCCAAACUAAUAAAAGCAUCGACGUCAAGAUCUACAAUUGGGGCAGCAACAGUGUCACAGCAUCAUGGAGCAUUACAGCGUCUAAUGAUGACACAGUAAAGGAGUUUCCAUUCUGUCCAUCAGGUGGACAUUUGAAGAACAAUUACUGUUACAUGCUGGUGACAAACAAUUCCACUUGGCACAUAGCUCGUCAAUUCUGUCAAUCUCACACCAAUGGUGACCUGGCAAUAGUGAAGAGUCCAGAAAUACAGAAGUUUAUAGCAAAUAUUACAGGAUGCGAGCAUCCUGUAUGGAUAGGCCUCAGUGAUACUGCAAGCGCUGGAACGCUGCAGUGGGUGGACGGGUCUGCCCUGGAGAACUUUCCGGACUGGUUGCCGUGGAAACUGGACAUGCUACCCAGUGGUACGUGCGUGCUCGUGAAUGCAAGCGGUGAUGGAGAAUGGCAGACGGACCUGUGCGAUGCCAGGAGAGGAUUUGUUUGUGCAUACAGAGCUGGAGAUAGGAUUCCUGGCGCCGAUUAUCUACUGGUGGGAUUGCCGGCGUUCAGUACACACUUACCGGUCAGAAACAUCACCGUCAACAACAACGCACCACCAUCCGUAGGCCUGGGGGAGCUCAUGGUCUUCCCUGGACUUUGGUUCAGUCACAAAGGUUACAUUUCAGUGGUCGAAAUGGCCACGGAAAAUUUAAACCGUACCGUACAAGUGAGAUUCAGGAUCUACCGACCAAGAUGUGCUGGAGCAGACCUGUACCUUGUCACACCAGACAGCGAAGAAGUGUGCACCUCCUUUGCUCUGUGUCUGGCUGGAACUCGUGGCAAUGAGACUCAUGGCUGCACCAGUGGGACCAAGUGGUGUGGGUCGGCCAAAGCUUGCUUGCCGCUCAAAAGACCCUGCAGCUCCGACGUCCUGAUGCAGUGCCCGAACCUAACCCCGCCGCGCUUCAGCAGGAGCCAUCCCAGUUACGAUAUCGUGUCUGAGAACACCUGGACCUUGCCGCCUCACAGUGCCACGCAUCACGUGGUGUUACUGAGCAAUGAAAGCAUCGCGGUCCAAGCCAACGACAUCGUUGCCAUUCAACACAACAGCGAGCCGGGAGCCUUCCUCCAGUGCCAGAGGAACGAGUCGUCGCCCUGGCAACAGAGUUACUUCAGCAUCGUCUACUCCAGCGGGAGUGCCGAUUUCCGCAGCAACCUGACCAACAUCGAGUGGACGGACGGAGUGGUGUGUAACCUGCGAGUAUUGUACAGCUACAAGCGCAAGACGGUUGCCAGCAGCCCGUUCCUUCGCAAGGGGCAGUCCGUGCCCGGUAACUACACCUACCGAGCCAUCGUGGACGACGGGUCCCCACGCGGCAACAUGUCCUGCGGCGUGCAAGUCGUCGCCCCCGUCACCGACUUCAGCGUCAUCUACCCGCCCAAGCAGAACGGCGUCCAUUACGUGCCGAAGAAUCGCCCGGUCAUCAUCGUCAAGGUUGCGACGCUGGACAGGCCGUCGGUGAACUUCUCCGGGAGCAACGAGACGUUCAGCUGUCAGGCCACCUGCCCUGAAGAUCUCUCCCCGCUCUGCGGAAGGGAGGAUAACAACACCUGCUACUCCUACAUCGCACUCUUUGUCAAGGACUACAAUCUGACCAGCAUCACCAUCACCGUCAGGAACCUGGUCAGCUCCAUCAGCAAGGCCGUGGCUGUGAGGGCCGAGGACCUGAUCGAAGGACUGACCAUUCUCCCGGACCCAAAGAUCAGGGUGUUGUCCAACGAGCUUGUGACCUACACAGCGAGAGUGAGUGCUGGAACAAACGUCAUGUUUAAGUGGACCGUUGACGAUAAGGCCUCCUUCAUACAUUACAAGCAAGUCUACAAAGUCAUCUAUCGAACAGAGGCUGUUUACAAGCUUUCGCUGACUGCAUCCAACCAAGUAAGCACCCAAAGUAUUAAUUGCAACGUGACUGUGGACAGGAGGAAUCCGUUGGCAGAGUUAAAUGUCUCUGGUGUACCAGCCGUUCUUGUACAAGGUCUCCCAUAUGCCUUUGUCGCGAGAGUGAAGGUGGACGCAGCCAUUAAUGCUACAUUCAGGUGGAGUUUUGGUGAUGGGAGCGAUGAUGACAUUUACCAGUUCAGCUCUCCUUAUAACGUCAGCCUUUCCGUUCCUCAUGUGCCGGUCAAGCAAGCUGUGCUACAGCACAAUGUCACUCACGUCUACCGUCUCCCAGGUGAAUACAACCUCUCAGUGUCUGCAUCGGAUAAACAUGAUAACCUCAGCCAGCUCCUUCCUCUGAAAGUCUACAGUCGCCUGAGUAAUGUCUCCAUCAACGUGAGUGGCAACGCUAUUGCCGCUGGGAAGGAAGCUGAAUUCGACGCGAGCCUGGUGCCUUCCGUGCUGGGUGUCACCUAUCACUGGAGCUUUGGAGACAACUCUAGCCAGCAGAAUGGGACACUGCGGAGGGUCACGCACACCUUCAGGAAUGCCGGCAGAUACAACGUCAGCGUACGUGCCAGCAACGCUAUUAGCAGCAUCGCCGCUCACUGUGUGGUCGAGGUGUUGGAGGAGAUAUCUGAGGUGGACUUCACGGACAACAGUCCCACAGAACUGUCCGCCCCGACCAUAGUCAAAGCCUGGGUGAGGACGGGCAACAGGGUGCGGUGGACCUUCGAUAUGGGGGACGGGACCCCGCUCACUAACACCAGCUCCUCGGUUAUGAACUACACCUACUCGGCGGUGGGCAACUACACGGUGACCGUGGUGGCCUCCAACCCGCUGGGCUCUUCCAACGUCUCUCGGCUGGUCGAGGUCUUUGUCCUCCAGGUGUGCAGGAUCCACCCAGCGGGCUGCGUCCAGGAGCUGAUCGAGACCAACUUCACCGCCUACACCCCGGGCGACUCCGCCAACUACGAGUUCUUCUGGGACUUUGGAGACGGCUCGGCCAACGAGACCAUCAGUGGCCGUCCCGACAUCAGCCACAACUACACGAGCAGCGGAGACUUCCCUCUGUACUUGGUGGUGUCCAGCAUCGUGAACAAAGUCAACUAUUACUCCAAUGUGUGUGUCCAGCCGGCAAUCAGCAAGGUGGUCGUCACCCCUACCAACAGCUUCAUCCAGUUGGGUGAAGAAGGCACGUUCUCCGCCGAGGCUUUCCCCGAAGGACAGUACACCUACCUGUGGGAUUUUGGUGUUGGAUUGGACCCUCAACUUCGCGGGAAGGAGGCAAACUUCACCUUUGGGAGCUCCGGGUUGCAUUGGGUCAACGUCACCGCCUUCAACAACGUGUCCUCGGCAGGUGGGGAGGUCUGGGUGGAGGUCCAAGCCCCGUUGACGGGUCUGUACAUCCAGUUGUUCAUCGGGUUCCCGGACAAUCUGGUGCUGGACCAGCCCUACACGUUCACGGCGGUAAGCGACGGGGACGGCGUGGACUACACCUGGGACUUCGGAGACGGUGGUAACGGGACUGGGCCAGAAGUUACAAGGCCGUUCCUCGCCGCUGGCAGCUUCCAGGUCCAGCUAGUAGGGCAGAACAUGGUGAGCGAGAUGUCGGUGCAACGGGCUGUCAUUGUGAAGACACCCCUGCAGGGAUUGGAAGUCACGGCCAACACCAACGUCGCACCGGUCAACAUCUCCAUCCUCUUCCAAACCACCUUGCAGGCUGGUGAUUCCGUCCACUAUCUCUGGACCUUCUGCCAAGCCUGUGAGACAUUGGAAGGUCCUCCCGCCAUGAAUCACACCUUUGACAGCCCUGGCAUCUUCAACAUUACCGUCCGAGCGGGGAACGGAGUGAGCACUGUGCAGGCCAGCGUUCAGGUUCACAUCUUGGAGGAGAUUGAGGGAUUGGUCAUGGUCCUCGGUGACCUGGCCCAGAACUGCUGCCUCUUCGCCAACCAAACCCUCUGGUUCCAAGCCACCAGUCGCUCUGGCACUGAGAUCUCCUACAGCUGGAGCAUCUGUAAAGCCGGCACGGUCUUCUUCCACACCAACGCCACCUCUUCCCAGGCUCACUUUGUGGAGGCAGGUUCCUACGAAAUAGUCCUCCAGGCCAGCAACCUGCUGGGCACCCUCAACAUCAGUGAGAUGGUCGCUGUGCUGGAGCCCAUCGGCGACAUCGCCUUGAGAGCGUCGCCUGAACCAGUGGCGGUGAAUGCAACGACCAUCAUUACUGCUUCCCUGGGCACUGGAACCGAGGUGAUCUACACCUGGUCCCUGGAACCCACCAUCGUUGUGCCCACCCACCUCCCUCACAUCCAGCACAGCUUCCGGACCCCCGGCGUGAAGCGGGUUAAUGUCACGGCGGCCAACAGGCUGAGUUCUAGCCGAGCGACCCUGAGUCUCCGUGUCCAGGAGCCGGUGACCGGUGUGAACAUCGUUGCUCAACUCUACGUGGCCACCAACGCCACGACUUCCUUCCAGGGACUGGCGCUGAGAGGGACCAACGUUUCCUGGCAGUGGACACUACCUUGGACCAUGGAAGGAGGGAGGACGCAGGCUAUAAAUGAGUCGUUCCCCUUGGCCGGCGAGUAUCCCAUCGGAUUGAACGCUUCCAAUGACGUGAGCUGGGAGGAGACCUCUAUCAGUGUCUCCGUCCAAGAUGAAAUUCAAGGUCUACAGCUCCUAGUGUCUAAGUGGGCAGUUGCGCCUGGCCAGACUGUGAUCUUCACUGUGCUCUUGUCCGCUGGGACCGAUGUCACCUUCCAACUGGGCAUCAAUGAUACUUUCACCAUGCUCCGCAACACCACGGAGUACGUGUACAAUUUCACACUCCUCGGAACAUACCGGGUGAGCUUAACGGCUGUGAACAGAGUCAGCUGUGCCCACGUGGAUGUGGAGAUCCAAGUGUUAGAACCAUUGGUGGGUUUGAGGCUCUUGGGUUGCGACCAGCAAGCCAUUCCCGCCGGGGUAAUGAAAACAUUUUGGGCGGCGGUGUCCGGUGGGUUCCAGGUGUCCUAUGUGUGGCACUUCGUGUUGGGUGAACAUUCGGAUGUCAUCGCUGGGCAGAACGUUUCCUACACGCCCAAGGUACAAGGCUGGCUGAGCGUCCUGCUAAAGGCGUCCAACAACGUUUCGAGCGAGAAUGUCUCUGCUCAGGUCCUGGUCCAGGUCCUGAUCUUAGCCGCUAGACUCACCGCGUCACCGCCCAUCGCCGUAGUCAACGAGACGGUCCACCUGAGUCUCUCCGUGAUGCCCAGCUUCACCCACGCGACAUUUCAGUGGAAGUUCGGAGACGGGUCCCGAGAUCACUCAAACACGUCGGUUCUGUUCCACUUUUACACGCGGCUGGGGGUUUACGUGGUGAAGGUCAACGCAUCGAACUACGUGAGCUUCUACGUGGCGCAGGCUACAGUUACCGUCUUAGUGCUGAAAUGUGACCCGCCACAGAUGAGCAUGAUUCUCAGUGAGACCAUGAGGAGGUCUCAGAGGAAUUACUUGGAGGCGGACAUUGAUCUCAGAGGAUGUGCUGAGUAUCAGGUGGAGUACCAAUGGGAGAUAUACAAGUCUUCAAGCUGCUUCUCUUUACAAGAAGGAAAUGAAAUCCGUCCAGGAAACGUGGACUUGAAGAGACCUCGACUGCAACUGCCCCACCUAUCAUUAACUACCGGGCAUUAUUGCGUACAGUUUACCAUUUCGUUUGAGGGGACCUCGUACUUGAAGACAGUGAGAUCCCUUGUCAACGUGAUACCCAGUCCCCUGGUCCCAAUUAUAGACGGUGGGACCUUCCGGUCAUGGUCAACGAUACAGGACCUUGUGAUGGAUGGCAGCAGGUCCUAUGACCCUGACCAGUCUCUGCAGAGGCAAACACCUCUCGAUUACAAGUGGAUGUGUAAAUACCCAUGUCUGGGACCGGCUGGUUGUGGAAUAUCUGGGAACGGAGCCAUCUUCUCUAUUCCGAGGAAGGAGCUGAAACACAACACAAACUACACAUGUCGCCUGAACAUCAGCCGACCCAACCGCGAACCCCAAUCUGUCAAGCAGCUUAUCUCGGUGAAGGGUGGUAGUUCGCCACUGGUGUCACUAGAGUGUGUCUCCUGCAAAGCCCAGGCCGUCUACGGAGUGAGCAAAAGCUCGUAUGUCUAUCUGGCGGGAAGCUGCAGCAACUGCGAAGGCACUCCUCAGUAUGUGUGGAAAGUAGAGAACUUCAACAAGGAGGUGCUUGCCUUAAACAAUGCCACCACUUCCACCGGGAGCAACGGGAUGAACUUGGUCUUGAGACACGGCGUCCUGGAGGAUGGAGAUGGUUACAUCUUCAGCCUGAACGUCACCGAUCCACUGAUGGAGAAGAUGGGAUUUGCCUCAAUAUACAUCCCUCCCAUUCACCUCCCUUCUGGGGGACGCUGCCUGAUCUAUCCGACAGAAAACAUCAGCGCCUUGACUACUAGCGUCACCUUCACCUGUACUGGCUGGGAGACGGCUGGGGUUCCUCUGGUGUACACCUUCAUCCUAACUCGCUGUGGUGUCGGAGGGAAACACUGCGACGAGUUCUACGUCUACAAGGGCAGCCGAUCAGAAUACAAUGCCGUCCUGCCCCCGGGCUUCAGCUCCAACCAAUUCAACGCCUACCUUGCUGUCACGGUGCAGAACCAGCUGGGGGCAUCCGUGGUGGCUGUGAACCGGUCUGUGGUCAUCAACAUCACGAGCACGCCCGAGGGCUUCCACAGCCUCACCACCUGGAUGAAGAUGGAGACCGAGACCAAGCUGCAAGAGCUGUUGAAGCAGGGGGACCCCCAGCCCACCGUGGAGUAUGCCCUUGCCCUGGUCACCGUGCUCAAUGAAUACGAGAGGAGCAAAAGCUAUGGAAGGGAGUCGGCAAACGAAACCAUCCGCAGGAUUAACAUCCGUAGCAACAUCACAUUGGCACUGACGUCACUCAAGGUCACCACGGUGGAUGACAUUCAGCAGAUCUCAGCCGCACUGGCGCAGUGCACGGUCAUCAGCAGAGAGUUUGUUUGUGGUGAAUGUCAGAGGGAGACCCUGGCAGCCCUGGACAACAUGAUAACUGUCCUUCAGAAGGAAACAGGACAGGGGAAAAUGACGCCCACCUUAAUCGGGGAUAACAUCCUUGUCACUGUAGGAGGUCUGAUCGAUAUAACUAACCAGUUGGUUCCAGUAAUGAAUAAGGUCAAUCAGCCAUUAGCAGGUAACCCUGAACUGGUGGCGACCAAGGCUUAUAAUCUAUCCAUGAAGUUAAUGCAGAUUCUAAUGGGCACCCGUGUCCUGAACGAAGAGCCCUUGAGUGUAUCGGGUGCUAGGAUGUGAGCACAGGGUAAACGGGCUGACCCGGGACACUUGCUCUGCCUCACCAACAAAUCAGGCUGCCAGUUCUCCAUCCCGCCGUCGUUCAACAGCGUCUUCUCCAACAUCAGCGACGUGACCCAGGUCAUGUUCCUGGUGGACUCCAACCCCUUCCCCUACGGCUACAUCAAGAACUACACCAUCUCCAGCAAGGUGGCCUCCAUCGAGUUCAAGAUGGACAAUGGGUCGCAGAUCCCAAUCGAGAGCCUGGACUCGGAGAAAGCCAUCACGGUCACGGUGUCAGCCAACUCUGCGGUGAGAAACGUCACGGUCAAUACAACGGUUAUCGCCUCACGGAAAUCAGUCAUGGUUAAUAUCACCUCUGGCAACUUAAACAAAAGGGCUGGCCUCCAUAUACAGGUCACCUACACAGUCUUAAACGAUUCUGGAACUUCCAACGUGAAGGAUGCUGAGCCCUUCAUCCAGGUUCUCCUCCAUAAUUCGACAAAGCCAAAUGAGCACAGCUUCAAAGCCAAGAAGAGGAUCUAUUUGGAAUCAGUGAGCGGAUCGGACCACAAGCUGUACACCUUCUUCUUGUCCCCAGAUAUAGAAGACACAACAAAGGAUUAUUAUUUGAACAUCACAAAUUAUUAUAGAUCUUGUCCGGUGCAAGCAUCAGUCGGUGUCUACACUUCACUUUGCCAGUAUUUCAAUAUGUCGGCAAUGAGCUGGAAAACGGACGGGAUCUUGCCGUUGGAAGACACCACUCCGACCAUGGCCGUGUGUCUGACGCAGCACCUGACCGCCUUCGGGGCAAGUCUCUUCGUUCCCCCGAACUCCGUCGUGUUCAUCAACCCAUCUGUGUCCAUCAUUAGGAACUACAUUGUCCUCAUUACCUGUGGCAUCUGCUUUGUCAUCUACGCCGUCUCGACGGUCAUUGUGCGGAAGCUGGAUUGGAUUGACAUUGGCCGGGUGGGAAUCAUCCCUCUCUGUGGAAAGGAUGGAUUCUACAAAUACGAGAUCUUGGUGAAGACGGGCUGGGGACGAGGCUCAGGUACUUCCUCACACGUGGGAAUCAGCCUGUGUGGAAGAGAGGACAAGAGCGGAUACAGACACUUGGAUAACGAGGACGCCUUUCACAGGAACAGUGUGGACAUAUUUCAGAUUGCGACCGACAACAGCCUGGGCAACAUCUGGAAGAUCCGUGUCUGGCACGAUAACAAAGGCCUUACCCCUUCCUGGUACCUGCAACAUGUAAUCAUCAAGGAUCUUCAGACUAACAACGUCUAUUACUUUCUGGUGAAUGACUGGUUGGCUGUGGACAAGGAUGGGAAUGAAGGCCUAGUGGAAAAGGAGGUCCUUGCUGCAAGCGAGUCGAAACUGAGGGACUUUUCCCGCAUCUUCACGGCGGAAAUCCAGAGAGGAUUCUCGGAAGGACACAUCUGGCUCUCGAUCUGCGACCGACCGCCCAGGAGUUGCUUCACCAGAGUACAGAGAGUCACCUGUUGCCUUGUCCUCGUGUACCUCUGCUUCUGCGCCAGUGUGGUGUGGCACGGGGUCAUAAGUGACAGAAGUGUAAGUGACCUGCCAGUUUCAGCGCUGGUGCCUCUGAGCGGAGAGAGUGUGGCUGCUGGUAUUGUCUCCUGCAUAAUCAUCUACCCCAUCUAUCUAAUCAUCAUUCUGCUCUUCCGCAAAUCUCGGAGCAGGGCUACGAUGACGGACUCGGGUCCGCAUGAAUCGGACGUGCUGGAGAUCGAUGACUACGUUGAUCCUUCCACGGCAGGCAGUUCUUUCCUGACCUUCGCGGACAACCUGGAGGAGGAUUUCAAAGAGAAGCUAAAGACUGACGUCACAGCCAAGAGUGCACCCAGCUGGCCUGACUAUGACACCAUGAUGAAUUGGCCGGACCUGUUGAGUGAUCAGUCCUACAUGGGCAGCAACGUUCCCAAACUGAGGAGAGGACGAGGAACACGACACCUCGGAAUCGAGACGCAGUUGAGUUCAGAUGAUGAGCCACUCUCCCUUGGCUACGAGCAGGCCAUGGCCAAAGCCUUCUCUGCAUCAGCUGAACACCUGAUACAGCGAAUGACCUUAGGAGGGAAUAAUGAUCUGUCAACCUCACACGACAGUGGCCGAGUCUCUCUGGACCUUGAGAGUCACUUAAUAUCCAACCUGACAGAAAUAAUCAGUGGAAAUGAAGAGGUGCCAACGGAAGCUGCCAUUCACCACAAGGCCAGUGACUUUGGGCAAGUCAUCCGGCCCACCCAAGGUAUUGGGAGGAUGGCCAACACCAGAAGAAUAGCUUUCAGUGACCCUCCAGAGCGAUGCCUCUUCCCCUUCUGGUGCAGUUACACAGCCCACGCCCUCUGUUUCCUCCUCUUCUCUGCCUCCAUCAGCGUGUGCCUUUGGAUCGGAGUUUGCUUCACUCCAAGGGUUGCUCUCAUGUGGCUCAUCUCAGGAAUCUUCAGCAUCCUCUCCUCAUUCUUCCUCCUGGAACCUUUGAAGGUUCUGACCGAAGCACUUUAUUUCUCGCUGAUUGCCAAGCGCAUCCACCCGGAUGAAGAUGACAACCUGGUGGAGAAACCGCGCGUGGAACAGAUCUCGGAGAGGAUCGGAAAAGUCCGCCCUCCUCAAGGAUACAGCCUCCUGCAAGCCCGGGAAGAGGCGAGGAAGGUCCAGAUUCUUCACAAGAUGCUCAAGAACUUCAUCAUCUACAUGCUCUUCCUGCUGGUGGUCUUGCUGAUUAAUUAUGGAGACUCGUUCAGAGACGCCCAGAGUCGCCUUCUACACAGCUCCAUUCGACAAGGUCUGGUUGGGGUGAGGAGAGGAGUGGAAUUUCACAAAAUCAAAAGAUCAGGGGAGCUAUUUAAAUGGAUGAGCAAGGUACUGCUUCCAUAUCUCUACAACAACCAAAGCAAGACUCUGUUAGGCUGUGCACGGCUGCGCCAAGUUCGUUCGAAAAUAAACGAAGGUCAAUGUCUUCAGCAAGCUCCAGUGAAUGGGCAAUGUCUGCACUACCCUCUGCUACAGGACACCAGCGAUUAUGAGAUUGGUUGGAAGGACCCAGUUACCAAUCGGAGCAAUAAGUGGUCAUACUCAACGCCUGAUCUGUCAGAGGUAUGGUAUUGGGGCCAGACCACAGCGUGGGACAGUGGAGGAUAUGUGCAACAUCUCGGCAGGACAAAGGAGCAGAGUAAUCGCACACUUUGGCACUUACGGGAGAGCAACUGGCUGGACAGAAAGACCAGGGUUGUCUUUGUUGAGUUUACCCAGUAUUGCCCCAAUGUGGAUUUGUACAGCGUCGUCACCGUACUCAUCGAAUUCCCCCUGUUGGGGGGUGUGUUCACCACCAUUGACAUCAAACCAUUCUCGCUGCUGCGCCUGAGUGCUGGAAUGGAUUUUCCGCUUGUCAUGAUGGUCUUCCUCAUGCUGUUCGUCAUCUACUUCACAAUUAGUGAAUUAUUCCUGAUCUGUCAAGAAGGCAAGACCUACUUGUUUCUGUUCUGGAACUACCUGCAGUGGUCGGUCAUUAUUCUCAGUAUCUGCUGUGUGGCUGUGCACCUGAAACGUGCUAAACUCGGCGACAGACAGUGGGCACGUUACCUGGCCCACCAAGACUGCUUCACCAACUUUUACCAGUUGGCGUCCCUGAGUCAAGUGUUCAACAAGCUGGCUGCCGUCCUUCUUUUCCUACUAAUGGUUAAGGCUGCUCGACAACUGAGAUUUGUCAGAAGGUGGUCCAUCUUUGGAAAGACCCUGCAUAAUUCGGGAAAGGAGCUGUUUGCAGUUGUCGUGGCAUCAGCUGGGCUUCUGCUUGCCUAUACACAGCUUGGUUAUCUGUUUUUUUCCGCCAACCUCGAUCAUUUCAAGACCUUUGGAGGCAGCAUGCUCUCCCUGCUCGCUGUGAUUCAACGAGGGAUGAACCUGGGGCAGUGCUUCUUCGAGUACCCGAGCCUAUGCUCCCUCUACUACAUCAGUUACAUUGUCAUCGAGAUCUGGAUUGUAGUGCGGCUGUUUGCGGCCGUGCUACUGCAGAACUACCGGGAGAUUAAGCUGGAGAUGCACAGGCCAGCAGUGGAGCCACAGGAGUACGAGUUAGCAGAGCUAUUCAUCAGAAGACUCAAGAUGUGGAUCGGUGUCAGCAAGAUAAAAGAAUUCCGUCACAAGGUGAAGUUUGAAGGGAUGGUUCCCUUGCCCUCUGGGUCAUCCAGAGAUUCCAAGUCCACCUGCCUCCACACCGCCAGCACCAUCUCCGACAUCUCCUCGUCAUCCUCGUCCAGCGCCGGGUCGACCGCCGCGGAUGCCUUCCCGUCGGCCAGCCUCAACAAGGCGCCGCAAAUCGAGGCCAACAUCCACCGGCUGCUUCCACUUUUCGAAACCCUUCUUGAGCAGUUCGAUAAGGUGAACAGCGCGACCGAAGAUGUCUACCAGGCGGAGUGCAAGCUUAAGCAGGUGCAGGAGACAGCGCGGCAAAGGAGGAUUAACACCAAGGCGGAAGAGUUGCUGGCGGCUUAUCGGAGGAUGAGGGCGAGCAGGAGGCUGAGGGACGAUCGGCGGCCAUCCCCGCGCCCUCUAGGGGACAGGGCAGCGGUCAACGACCCCCAGCCAAGGGCCAGCCAAUUAGAAGACUGUGCAAUACCCCUGCCACCUCGAAGAAAGUCCAAAACGUCCAAAAUGCCAGACAAGAUGUGGCAACAAACGCCCGGCGAUCACCAACGUCACUCAAACCCCGAUUAGUUUUGUUUGGCAAUACCGUACAGCAUCCAACCAGUACGGGCCCCACCGAGUCCAUGCCAACCAUUGAUCACCCGUUCACACCAGUUCUGGGUUAUCCUACUUUGUCAUCCACUCCCUAUACACUAGGGGGCAAUUGACCUACAAACCUGCACAUCUUUGGGAUGUGGGAGGAAAUCCGCAUGUUCACAAGGGAGAACAUGAGGACUACACACAAACACACAUACAGGCAGCACCUGAGGUCAGAUUUGAACUGGGGUCUACAGCGCUGUGAGGCAGCAACUCUAUCAGCUGCGCCACUAUGCCACACUGUUGGGGCUGUGCACUGCAGGGUCAAGACAAUGACCCUUCAAUUCCAUAUAACUUCAAGAGAUGUGUCACUCCACACAGCCCCUCUCCAUACAGUGGAUUGAAUCACAUAUGUUGACGUCGUAAAAAGAUACCGCUGACCCAACUUGUUUGAGCAUUGAUGGAAGGUUGGAUUAUCCCCGCAUUCAUUCACACGCCUCCCCUCAACACUUAAUGGCUGAGACGUUACAGCUUAAAGAAGGCAAACGGGCACUAACAGUCACCAAAACUGGCGACUCUAUCGAUGAACGUCGUUCGUUGCGCCAAGGGACAAGUUAUUCACGAAACGGGUUAGAAGAAGCCGUACAAAGGACAGACAUUUUAUAAAAAUGGUUUACUUUAUAUGUAUUAACAAGCACUUUAAAACUGAGGGUAGUUCAGAAGGAGAGAUUGUACAAACUUGCUUUUUUAGCCAUGCACCAGAAAAGGGUGCACUUAUUUAAAAAUUGCUAUUUUAAAUCA